CGAGUCCCCUUUUCUUCGCUUUUGAGAUUGAACCCCAAAUUGUGGGGGAGGGGGUGGGGGCAAAGGGAAGGCAGUGAAGGUCCAAGAAAGAGUCGGUUCCGCGUUCAAACCAUAACUUGCUCUCUUUUCCUGAGGGAGGGAGAGGGAGAGGGAGAGGGAGUGGGAGAAACUGAAAGAGAAGAGGAGCAGGAGAAGGAGAAGGCCAUAAUUUCCCCCACAAGACUGGUUUUUGUCCAGACCCCUUAUCAGAUUCAGAUCCAUCCUCCCUCUCUCUCUCUCUCUGGCUCUGCUCCCCUCUCUUUACCUCUGCAAGCUCUCCUCUCCCCUCUCUCCCAAUUCAACCCAUCGAUCUCUCUUUGGCUGGGAAUUGCCGCAGCCGGCAGGCAGGGCAGGUUGGUAGAUCUCAACGCAUCCAUCGAUUUAUCUUUUCGUGUAUUUGAUGUAUCCAGAAUUUCCAUUCCAUCUCUGUCUUCCUAUCUCUUGGGGGCAAUGAAUGGUGUUUCAUUUCAUGUAAAUCAAUCUCCUACCUCUCCCUUCAAGAUUGGAUUUGGCUUCCAAUCCCAGUGAUCCGCAUCCCCAUCCGGGUGCUCUCCGCAAGAAUAUGAUGAAGAGAAUGGAACCCAGAAAGUCGCACUCUUGGUGGUGGGAUAGCCAUAUUGGUACCAAGAACUCCAAAUGGCUUGCCGACAAUCUCGAGGAGAUGGACCAGGGCGUGAAAAGGAUGUUGAAACUUAUUGAAGAAGAUGGAGAUUCUUUUGCAAAAAAGGCGGAAAUGUACUAUAAAAGGAGGCCAGAUUUGGUCUCCCAUGUGGAGGAGUUCUAUCGCAUGUACAGGUCUCUGGCAGAGCGUUAUGAUCACCUGACUGGAGAAUUGCGCAAAAACAUUCCUUCAGAUCUCCAAUCUCAGGGCUCUGGCAUCUCAGACAUCGGUUCUGAACCGCCUUCUUCGUUGCCUUCACCUGAUUUAAAGCUAGGUCGCCGCAGAUCUGGGCUUCACGCUGCUGGCUUUGACUUCUUCCUCGGUUCUGGUGGAAACAACUCUGAUAGUUUUCAUAGAGAGGGAGAUGAAUCGUCUUCACUGACAGAUUCUGAGCCUGAUUGUGAUGCUUCUUCAGUUAAUAAUUACUCAGUUUAUUCAGGCGGUGGCAUUGAUCAAGGGCUGCAGUUGAAAGUGAUGGAACUGGAGAAUGAACUCCGGGACAUGAGAGAGCGGGUCCGGAUGCAGCAGGAAGAAAAUGGAGAUGGUUUAUGGAGAGAAGUAAAAUUUGAUGCUUCUGAUGAUGUUGCAUCUAUAAUCUCGAAGUAUGAGAAGGAGCUCAAAACUGCAAACGAGAUGGUCCGCCUUUCAAAGGAGGAGAUCACUAAGCUAAAGGUUCAGCUCCAGAAAUGUGGUUCUAAGGAAUUUGCUAGUGACAUUUCGGAGUUGGAUGCACUUAAACUGACAAAGGAAGAUAUCAAAAUGCAGGAGGUUGAGCUGGACAUACAUGAGACUCUGGAGUCACAGCUUCCGGACAGUAAGAAUCAAGUUUUGGUGGAAGAGAUAAAAAUCCUAAAAGAAAAGCUUCUGGAUGGAAUGACCGAAAUAGCUAGCUUGAGAAAAGAGCUUGAGGACAGUAGAUCCUCAGAGAAGAAUCGAUAUUUGCAGGAUCAGCUCGAAUUGGCUAAAAAAGAUGCUGCUACUUGGAAAACCAAGCAUAAUGCAGAGAAAAGAGAGGUGACAAAACUUCAGGAAAGAAUGUUAAGACUGAAAACAAGUUUAUCAGACCGGGAUCAUGAAAUUAGGGAACUGAAAACUGCGGUUUCUGAUGCUGAGGAGAAGAUUUUUCCAGAAAAGUCUCAGAUCAAGGCUGAAAUAUCUAAACUGCUAGAAGAACGGAGCCACCUGGAGCAGCAGCUCAGAGAAGAGGAGUCGCGGGGACGCUGUCUGGAAGAUGAAAUCAGAAUGGUGAAGGCUGAGAGCAUAGGAACAGAAGAACGCCUUAACAAAGUCAUCGAGCAUAUGAAAGCAGAGAUGGCCGUGGGAGCUGAUUGCUUGGAAAAUUUAAAGAGAAGCUACGACAUGCUCCUAUCAGAGAGAAACGAGCUAGAUGCUGAAGUCCUUAGGCUCAAAGAAGAGAUUAGGUCCAAGGAGGAUAAGAUGGAUCAAAAGAAUAGGCAGUUGGAGAAGUUAAAUAUGGAGCACGUUGAGCUGAUUGCUGCUUCUGAAGGGUUUCAGAAGGUCGUGGAAGAAUGGAGAAGAAGAGCCAAGGAGAUGGAGGAAGAGAUCCAGAGGCGAGAUGGUAUGAUCUUGGAAAGUGCGGAGCAGAAGCGGGAGGCUAUAAGACAGCUGUGCUUCUCGUUGGAGCAUUAUAGAAACAAUUAUCAUAAGCUUAGACAUGCCUUCGUAAAGCACAAGAAAUUUACACGCAUAGCAUAGCAUACUUACUGGAUGUUACAUGUGAAUCUUCUGCGUCUGCAGAUUGUACAUUAAUCUUAGGAAGCUAGGGGACACAGUGGACUCAAGGAGAGAGCAAUGGGGCUGACCUGCGGUCUCCUUGGUGAUUCUGAUUUUCGACUGUCUUCCCGAGUAUUUGUUUGGAGUGCUUCUUUUUCAUAUUGGAUUUGCUGGAACACCUGAAGAACACAUCAUAACUGCUUGUGAUUUGAACGCGGCCUUACUGGACAUAGAGACAGAAUAAAAGCAGAGUCCCGUCAAUCUUCCCUGUGCCAACCGUUUGUUCUGCCACUUUCAGCUUGGUAUUGGUAAUUCCAACCUGAACUUGGCGAGGUUCUGAUUUUCUUUUACAAAAUUUGCUAUCAGCUAAGUAUGGCAACCCCUACAUGGACCACACUAUUCCGUGGCAUGAGUUGUUUUAGGGAGACCGGAUCCUGUACCUUUGUGCAAGACAUAAAGAAACCAAAAACUGAUUUGGGUGCUUAUUGGAUUUACUAUUCUCUA